UGUUUGUCCUAAACAGGUUUGCUGUAAAACAGAUCUGCAUUGAUUGCCAUCCGAGCAAGCAGGUCGUAAGGCAGAUCACGAUGUCAACCAAAAUCUCAAUGGAGGGGGACUCUGUCCUAGAUGACUUUCACCAUAGCACUAGUGUUAUGUCUGCACACAUUGACAUCAGAAUGAAUUUCUUGAGGAAGGUGUUUGGUAUAUUAUCUGCACAGCUUUUGUUGACAGCUGUGGUGUCAGGCAUCUUUAUGUACUUUGAAGGAGUCAAGAGCUACAUACAAGAAAGUCCUGGUAUGCUGAUGAUUGCCUUUGUAUUGUCUUUCAUCUUCCUGGUUGCACUCAUGGUGAAGAGCAAGGAAUACCCAAUCAACAUGAUCCUUCUUACUUGCUUUACCCUGGUGGAAGCAUAUGCUGUCGGUACAGUUGUGACCUUCUAUGACAAGGCUAUAGUGAUCGAGGCUCUCGUCUUGACUUUAGCUGUUGCAUUCAGUCUUUUAGUCUUUACAGUGCAAAGCAGGAAAGACUUCAGUACAUGGGGUGCAGGUCUGUAUGCAGGCUUGAUGAUCCUCAUUGUUGGUGGUCUUCUUCAAAUCUUCAUUCCUCACUCUGACAUGCUGGAGCUCGUCAUCGCGAUCGGUGGGGCCAUCGUCUUCAGUCUCUUCCUCAUCUACGACAUCCACAUGAUCAUGCACAAGCUCUCACCAGAAGAGUACAUCAUGGCUUCUAUCAACCUCUACUUGGACCUUAUCAACCUCUUCCUCUAUAUUCUACGCAUCCUCAACUCAGCCCACAAGAAAUGAAUAUUCAUGACGACAUCGCUAUCUGGACCUCAUUAAUCUCUUCCAUUACAUUCUAUGUAUCCUCAACCAAGCCAUUAAGGAAGGAAUAUUCAGGAUGACAUCAUGGCUUCCAUUAUGGUUUCUAUCUCUAUGGUACGCUAUUCUGGUUUGGUUUAUAAACCCUCCGUCUGAUUGUCUGCUAUGUAGCUCUUUUAAGCAUUCUAUCACUCAUACUUUGAUAUUUUUAAGGAGAGUAAUGGAUUUUGAGGUACCCCAGGACAUUCAAGAAGAAAAUGGGGAAAAUAUCUAAACUGAUCAAAAGAAAACACAAAUGAAAAAGAACACUGAAAAAACAAACAUAGUCCGCCUUUCUUUUUACCAGAUGUCAAAAGAUAUGAAAUAUUUACAUUUAUAAGAUGGAUCCCUUUGGUCAGAUUAGAGUUAUUCUCACAUUUUCUUGCUUGAUAUUUUAAGAGAUCAUUUUAUGCAAUGAGAAAUCUCUCCUUAGCAAUAUGAAACCCAACUUUCAUCAUACUCUCAUGAACAUGUAUAUACAUUGGUAUUACAUAUGAUAUGUUCUAAAAGCAAAUUGGAUUUAUAUUUUUCAAAACAUUUGUACAUGUAUAUAUAUAUAUAUAUAUAUAUAUAUAUGUUUACAAUACUGUUUAUUAUGAUGGAUUGUAACUUGAAAUCGAAGCCUUGUUAAAUAUUUUGUCUCAUUCGAUAUAUAGGAAAUCAGGGGUACUUUGUAUUCAGUCUCAUUAGGUUACGAGUUUUAAAUUGGGAUUAAUUCAAGCAUGAAUACGCGAAGAGCAAUUUUUUUGAAGGUGUGUUUAUCAAGUGCAAGAUCUCCCAAAGUGUGAAAGUAGCACUGCUAGAAGAUGCAACUGAUCCUUGUAUAUAUGGUAGCUUAGUUGACUGACAGUCCUGUUAAUUGGUCUUAUGUUAAUUUUAAGGCUUGCAGACCCAAUCAUUAAGUAGACCAAGCAAAAUUUGAUUUACUUUAGCCCUUUGUUUGAUGGUACAUCAAGUGCUAACCUCUCUACUUUGUAAACUCUAGUAAUUCUGUAACAUAAUCAAAAUGAAGUAUUAUGAAAUGAACAGAAAAAAAAAUACAAGGUUUAUUGUUGAGUCAAAUAGUUACUUGUUUUCGGUAAUGAUAAUCUGUUUCAAAUUAAUAGGUUAACUCUUGGUCUCUAAAACAUUGUGUACUUAUUCUAAUCGUCUAGUUGGGUAUUAAAGUUAUUCUUUUAUGAACACAGCAUGUAUCUUGUGGUCCUUCCUUCAAGAUUUUGGGUGGUCUUCUCAUCUUUAAUAGACCAAAACUCUAGCACCUUCCAUCUUACAAAUUACCCAUUACUUGGAAAGUUCUCAACUGAUAAGCAUUAUGGUAUUGGGCUGUAACCUGUUUUGGGGUAGUUUUAACAAGUGUUUGAGUCCAGUUCACAGUAUAUUUAGUUUCUCAUAAUAGGUAAUGAAAUUAUAUGAAUGUGCUAUUAUUAAUGAAAGUAGACCUGUCCAUAAAAGAAUGCAUCAAGUAUUUACUUUUAUAGUUCAAAAUAAUAAUAUAUGAUAAAAAUUGUUGAUUUAUAUCUCUUUUAUGUACCAGCCAUUAAUAAUAUCACCAUUAUCUGUAUAUUUGUUUAACUUUUGUUGUUGUGCUGAAUGCCGAUACACUUUUCUAUUAAAUUUCUUUGUCAGAUAUGAUUUAUUAGUAAUUACAUAUUAUUAUCAACAAUUGAAUGAUUUUUUUUGGUCGUUUUUAGAAAUUUCUUAUCAUUUCUUUUGUUACUACCUACACUGUCACCACAAAGGUAUUGUAUAAAAAGAUAGAAAAAGUCUUAAUUUUAAGUACUCUCAAUAUGAAGAGUUUUUUGGUUGCUAUUAUAUUAAGCAUAUUAAUGUUGAUGGGAUGCAAAGGUUGUAUAUUUGACAUUGUGAAAUAAAAUUAAAUCUUUAUAUAUAUAUAU